ACUAUGUAAUAUAAAUGGGUAUAGAUCCAGUACAUUCAAAUGCAUUUUAUCUAUAUAGCUCUGUGGGGGUGUAUCUAAUUAAAUUUAAAUUAUUCAUUAUUGGUGCAGCUGCUGAAAUGGCUGUAUUUAAUGUACCUAGCAUUGUAAUUAGCAAAGAAAAUGAAUCAGGUGAUGAUGACCCACCAGAGCCUUUGAUCACCAUUUCAAGUUCUAAUAAAAAGGUUGGAGUCCAUGAGACUAGCAAUGAAGAGAAAAAAGAAGAGUCUCCUAAUCAACAAUCAGUAGAACAUUCAGAGCAUCGGAGGCCUUCAUUAAAGCGAGUGUCAGAUGUACUUUUUCUUGCUAAAGAAUGGAAAAUGAAAGUAAAAGAUAAGCAAGAAAGACGAGAAUCGUUGAAAACAAAAGAUGAUACUGCAAAGGAACAUCAAGUUGAGCAUGAGCCUGUACCUAUAUCCUCUGCAUUACCUAAAGAGACCUUGGAUGAAAUAGUAGAGGAAGCUUUGUCCAUUGUCAUAGAAACAAGACAAAAAUACAAACAUCAUCUUGGCUCAAACCAUCCUUUGACUAUAAAAGCAAUGAAGAAAGCAAAUGAUAUAUGUGCUCAACAGCAAAAGGAACCAAUGUACGAUAUAAAAGAAUGAUAUAAUGAUAGAUAUAGGAGCACUAAAGCUGCAGAAGCCACUUCUACAGCUUAGUAACUAUUUAAGCUACAUUGCUUGAGUUCAUAAAGUUUUGUUUCGCGCUGGAUUGCGCGCAUGCAAAAUUGUUUAUAGGCGUGGUCUGGU